GGGACCAGAUGGACGACAAGGAGCAGUUUCUGUGUGGGGUGGUGGAAGGUUUUUAUGGGAGGCCUUGGUCUAUGGAUCAGAGAAAGGUUCUCUUCCAAUGGAUGCAAUGCUGGGGGUUGAACACCUACCUCUACGGCCCAAAAGAUGACCUCAAACACAGACUGUUGUGGAGAGAAGUCUAUUCUCCCGAGGAAGAGGGUCGACUGAGAACGCUCAUAGUGGAGGCCAAAUCCAGAGGACUGAGAUUUGUUUACGCCCUCUCGCCUGGUCAGGACAUCGUCUUCUCGUCCGCCUGUGACCUGACGCUACUGAAACGCAAGCUGAGACAAGUAUCCGAUCUGGGCUGCCAGGCCUUCGCCAUUCUCUUCGACGACAUCGAUCACUCCAUGUGUCAGGCUGACAGUGAGGCCUUUUCCUCAUUCGCCCACGCUCAGGUCACUGUAACCAAUGAGAUCUACCGGUUCUUGGGGGAACCGCCCAUCUUUCUGUUUUGCCCUACAGAGUACUGUGGUUCACUGUGUUCUCCCAGUGUAUCCAAGUCUCCAUACCUGCAGACUGUUGGAGAGGACCUGCUGCCCGACAUCACAGUGGUCUGGACAGGCAGUAAGGUCAUCUCGAGGAAGCUGACUGUGGACUGCCUGGCUGAGGUGGAGUGUGUCCUCCAGCGUCCCCCGCUCAUCUGGGACAACCUGCACGCUAACGACUACGACUCCAGGCGUCUCUUCCUGGGGCCGUUUAAGGGCAGAGAGUCGGGGCUAAGGAGCCACCUGAGAGGAUUGUUGCUCAACCCCAAUUGCGAGUUUGAAGCCAACUAUGUCCCUCUGCAUACUUUGGGAAGCUGGUACAGAGCUGGAAACAAGGAGGGGAAAGAUCAAGAGUGUGAAUACUGCCCUGAUAAAGCUCUGUCUGCUGCACUACAUGAUUGGAUGGAAGAACUCAAUCAACCACUGCAAGCAGGUCGGCAGUGCACACAAACAGACCAGCAAUCCUCUGCUCAAGUAUCUCGCUGCAAAACCCUCGACCGAGCCGACUGCCCAUCCACCUUCAGAAGAACUUCCCCCGUGGCCAAACUUCCCGUCUUCCCCUUGGACUCCAGUUCAUCCCCGUCGUCUCCAACCGCGGUCAACGGGCAGAGGGAGGGAGGGAGGUCAGUUCAGCCUUGUCAGCCAAAGCAGCAGCUUUCAGGACCAAGGCCUGGAGCGCCAUCAGGUGGAGGUAGGGGACAGAAGGCCCAGGAUCGGGGGCCAUGCGGUGGGAAGGGCCUGCUGAGUGAGUCGCAGGUGCGGCUGCUGGUUGGUCUUUAUUAUCUGCCCCAUGAGCAUGGUCUCUCUGCCCAGAAACUGCUGCAGGACCUGAACUGGCUCAAAUCAAACUGCCAGAUGGUCAGUGCUCAAGGCAAUAAGGCCCCACCUCAGAAGAUUGACGAGUGGCGCGGCCGGGCUUCCAGGUUCCUGUCCCUGUGUGAAGACAUCGCCCAACUCCACUGCAGCGUGGUGGGUGGGGCCAACAGGGCCGUCCUCUACGACCUUUACCCUUACGUUUGGGACCUGAGAAACACAGCAUUGGUGGCUAAAGCAUUCAUAUGCUGGCUGGACGGACGAGUUUUGAGUGAUGGCUCCUCCCUCGGGACAUGGAAGAACUGUUUUCACUGGUGUGGAAAGUCCACAGGGGCGGACUUACCGGGAGGGGAGUCAGAACCUUGGGCGUUCAAAGGGGGCGUGUCUGGGGAGGUGCAGAUGCUUCUCCCAAUAGGCAGCAGCAGCGAACUCUUCACUCAUCCUCCUCCUCUCUUCCCUACCUCGCGCCUCUAUAACAUCAGGCCCUAUCACAACAAAGACAAGGUGGAGUUGUAUCGGAUGGUGCGACAACUCCACAUUAGGACUCAGAGUAUCCAAGGGUCCUGUCCUGCUCACCCCGAUGUAAUAGGAGACAGGUGUCUCGGGCCGUGCCUGGCGUUGUGCCCAGAGUACAGCUUUAUCUUGGAGGAUGAGCUGGGUGUGUGCGGCUGCGUGCUGGGCAUCCAGGAUGUCCGCUCUUUUGCCAAGCGCUGCCAGGCCAGCUGGCUGCCUGCCAUGAGGGACAAAUACCCACCCAAAGGAGGACAUGAACACCCCAACACACAGGACUUGAUCAAGCUGAUGGAGGAGGACCAGGGAGAGUACCCGGACUCUCUCCUCUAUCACUUCCCCUCUCAGCUGCGCCUGGAUGCCUUGCCUGAGCUGGUGGAUGUCAGUGUCAGCCGCACUCUUCUCAACGCCCUCCUCGCUGCACUAAAGGCUAACGGCUCUCAGGGUGUGUUCUGUGAGGUACAACCAACAGACCGUCAGAGGCUGGAGUUCCUGACAAAACUGGGCUUCUUGGAGAUCCUCAGAGGAGAAGCCAGGAGCAGAGAGGGAGUGGUGCUCGGGAGGCUGCUCUGAAAUGCGCACACACACACACAAUCAAACACACACAAUCAAACACACACACACGGUCAUGAAGAUAUUCACGAUAUGCACUGUAACUGUUUUGGACAUUAGAUACACAUUGGCACUUGCAGACACAGAAAUAUGUUAGGAAAAAAAACUCAGUGAUGGAUAUGUUUUGGAUAAAAGCAGUAACUGUAUCUAUUCGAGUGAGGGCCGAUCCUUUGUUCAUUUGAGUCCACAUUUUAGAUGAAUCAAGAGGUUUCUGAGGCAUUAAGAAUAUAGUAAACACAUUUUAGAGAUUGAACUUUUAGCAGAGCUGUGCUGAUCUUGGUAGGGUUCUAACUUUGGCGACAAAUGGCAAAAAUAUGUCAAGUUAUAAGGAGGUCAAUGACAGAUUAAAAUGAGAUGGGAGUAGUGCAAGCGGGUUAAAUUCAAAUCAUUCGGCUUAAAAUAAAAUAAACAAACAUAUUGGCGAACAGAACUCGAAGGACAGUGAAAUGUCGACUCGAAUGGUAAGGUGGCAAGCGAAAGAAAACUUUCUCCUUUUCGUUUAUGUUAGGUGAUUGCAUGUAGUUGUUUUCCACAGCUUGUCCUCCAAGUGGCAAAAAAAAGAAGAAGACUCAGUUCUUUCCGGUUAUAAAUGCAAUAUUAUUUCGAAUGCACUUUGGGUGUUUGAUCACUUAAAACAUCUGCACCGACACGGUAUGAGAGUGAGCUUUUUAUUCAGGAGGGAUUUACAUUUUGUGGUGCUAUCUCACAUUUGAUUCAAAAAAGGUUUUAAACACUCACUUGAGGGACACAGGGUUGUUUCUUUUAUCUUUUUUUUUUCGGGGGGUGGGGUUGCCUUUAUGUGAUAGGAACAUGGAUAGAGUAGAAAAACAUGGAGUGGGACAUCGUGUCAAGCUAUGCAGGAAAGAAGGAUUAUAGCCUCUGCACACGGGCCGCUACAUAACCGCGAGGCCAUCGGCGCCCUGACAUUGGCUUGUUUAAGUUGCCACUGGGUGUGCAACGACAUCAAAAUCUUCACACACUGAAACUAAAGUGUAAAAAUGACGUUAUGUUUUCAUGAGGGGCUUACCGAGUAUUUCUCGGUCAGACAGAGUGGAUUCAUCGGCAGGCAGUCACCUGAGACAAAUCGUUUUAUUUCAUAUCAAACAAAAUAAAAAGAAAUCAUGUCAACUACUGAGCUUUAGAGGUGCUCCUGUAGGUUGAGGAUUAGUUACCUUUGGAUGGAGCUGGGUUAAGAAUUUCCCCGAAUUGAAGCCUCUGCAGCUCUAAAUUGUACAAACAUAUUCUCAUCUGGUGUUUGGCAAGACGGUUAUUCCCUAGAUGCUUCCACCUUUAAACUGGGAUUAAAUAAAACCCUCAUGUAUAUAACAAGAUUAAGAUGCAACUGUUGAUCUUGUGCUCUGCUCUGGCUACAAAUGAUAAAUCAUGUUUUCUAGCUGUUGUCCUGUGGUUCUGUUAACACCAGACGGGACAGUCUCAGUGUUUACACAGUCGUCGUUUAGAUGAAUGUCUAAAAGCAUGAAGAACUAAACAUCAUGUAGGUUUACAUACUUACAUUUAACAGAAUGCUCAAACAUGGCAAUAUUAAUGAUAAAUACCUUUGGGCGUUAGUGUGUGAUACUAGCUAGAACAUGUUUGGUGAAGAAAUGCCAAACAGCAUUGUACAUUGCAACUAAACUAAGAAUCUGUGCAUGAAAAUAAUCAUGCAGGAUAAAACACACCCAGCCGUGCACAUUCACACAAUGACACACUUACUCACUUCACCAAGAAAACAUACUGUAUGGAUAUAAAAGAUACAUCUCCCUAGUUUCAUUAUUGUAUAAUGUAAACAUCACUAGUGAGUGUGGUCUGCGUCAUUCUGCCUUUAUUAUGUGAACAAUAAUGUACACACACACACACAUACAUACACACAAACACACAAACAGAAGCACAAAACAUCUUCAACUAAAGGAUGUUCGAAUGUUAAUUAUUUUGUCAUGCAGCUUACAAUUCUUUUUCUAUUUAAGCUGAUUGAUCACACACUUUUGUAUAUCUCUUCUCUUUCUAAACCACAUCACUGCUGUGUGGGAGAACGUUCACGAUAAAAGGUUAGAUACCCCCCCCAAAAAAAAAAAAAAAAAAAAAA